AUGGCAUCCGCUGAAGUCACUUUGCCAGCCCUUGCUCCAUUCCGCCCAGGGAAGGACAAGUGGAAAUCCUACGUGGCCAAAUUCCGGCAAUACCUGAGAGGCAACAACAUCAGGGAUGCCGAUGAUGACCGGAAAAAGGGCAUCUUCCUGGCCAACUGCGGCUCCGAAGUCCUGGAUAUGGCAAUCGAUCUCGUAGCACCACGAGACAUCGAAGAAGUGCCAUGGACGGACCUGCUGCAGAUCCUGGAAGAAUACUAUGCCCCAACUGGAACACCACAAUCAUCAACCGAGGAUUCCACAGCUGGAUCCGAGUCGGAGGUGGAGUCCACCGUACACAAGGUAUCCAGACCCCCAAGGCGGGAAGCCGCCCAACGAAGCUACAAGGGGGAGCGCUGUGCCAGCUGCAGAGGGGACCAUGCCAGGGCGACCUGCAAGUGGAGAGAUGCGACCUGCCGACGCUGCAACAGAAGGGGUCACAUCGCCGAAGCUUGCAGAGCCGAGGAACCAGCCACAGAGCCACCCAGCCACCGUCCCCGCGAGAAUCGGAAGGAUUACCAGAGAUCAUCCAAACGGUCCUCUGGCCCAUCCAGAUGCAGAGACGAUGAUUUUCCCCGGAGCGGAGCGGUCCACCAGACGACCAUCGCACACACGGACUCACACAAUGCCACUAAGUUCCACGUGACCAUCCACGUGGAGGGAGCACCCUGCGAAAUGGAGGUAGACUCGGGCUCGGUCUACUCCAUCAUGGACUGGCAACAACUGAAGCGCCUGCAACCCAGCAUCACCAAGCGUGACCUGAAGCCAUUACACUCCAAGCUCGUCGACUUUGGGGGCAACCCCAUUGGAGUGUUAGGAAGAGCCAACAUCCGAGUCGCCUACAACGAGUUCAAAGGCAAGCUCCCCAUCACCGUUGUGAAGGACAGCCGACCGAACCUGCUAGGAGUGGAGUGGUUUAAGCCGCUGGGGCUUUCAAUCGAAGGCAUCAACCAAAUUCGCAGGGACGAACUCGACAACCUCAUCGAAGAGUUCAAGGAAGUCUUCGAUGGUAAGCUGGGGAAAUUUGUGGGGAGGCCAAUCUCUUUUAAUCUGGACAAGGGAAUCACCCCAAUUAGGCUGAAGCCCCGCUGGGUUCCAUUUGCCCUGCGGCCUAAAGUAGACGAGCAGCUGGAUAAGCUGAUCGCCCAGGGCAUCCUGGAACCGAUCGAUCAUGCUUCAUGGGAGACCCCCAUUGUGACCCCACUGAAGCAUGAUGGGUCUGUGCGCAUCUGCGCCGACUAUCGUUGUACCAUCAACAAGGCGUUGGCACAGAGCGCAUACCCAGUCCCAGUAGUGCAGCACCUGUUGCAUUCCCUGGGAACUGGCACAAUUUUUGCAAAACUGGACCUGGCCCAGGCUUACCAGCAACUGCCAGUGGACGAAAAAACGGCGGAGGCCCAAACCAUAGUCACACACAGGGGGGCAUUCAAAUGCAACCGUCUCCAGUUUGGAGUCAGCGCUGCCCCCGGCAUCUUCCAAUCAAUGAUGGAACGCCUCCUCCAAGGCGUUCCAGGGGUGGUGCCAUACUUUGAUGAUGUGCUGAUCUCCGGAGACUCACAGGGAGUACAGGAAGUCGAGUUCCUGGGCUAUCUCAUUGAUAGCACUGGCAUCCACCCCACCAAAUCUAAAGUGAAGGCAAUCCAUGAAGCUCCGAGCCCCAAAAACAAAACGGAACUUCAGGCAUUCCUUGGGUUGCUCAACUUUUAUGCAAUCUUUCUUAAACAGAAAGCCACAGUUGCUGAGCCACUCCACCGCCUGCUGGGGAAAGCGGCUUCCUGGAAGUGGGGCCAGGAAGAGGAAGCAGCAUUCCGAGCCGUGAAAGGACUUUUAACCUCAAAAAGCGUCCUCAUCCAGUACAAUGAGACGCUCCCCAUUAAGCUAACCUGCGAUGCGUCGCCCUACGGGGUGGGGGCAGUCCUCAGCCACGAACUGCCCAACGGCUCUGAAGCCCCAAUAGCAUUUUUCUCAAAAACCAUGUCUGGCGCGGAACGCAACUACAGCCAGCUGGACAAAGAAGCCCUGGCCAUCGUUGCAGGAGUGAAACGAUUCCACGAGUAUCUCUACGGGAGGAGUUUCACCAUAGUCACCGAUCACAAGCCACUCCUGGGGCUCCUCGCAGGCGACCAACCCACACCGACCUUCAUGUCCCCGCGGAUGACGAGGUGGGCCAUCUUCUUAGCCGGCUACUCCUACAGGCUCGUGCACCAGCCAGGCACAGCCAUAGGAAACGCCGAUGCGCUGAGCAGAUGCCCAUUGAAGGAUCCUGUAGAAGACCCAGCCCCCACGCUCCACCUAUUCCACAUAGACGACGACGCCAGCUGUCCAGUCUCGUCUGCAGAUGUGGCCGUCCACACCCAGAAGGACCCCACACUCCGCCAAGUGAAGUCCUGGAUCCUCAGGGGGUGGCCAUCGCAACAGACGGAGGAGAAGUUCAGCCCGUUCGCCAGGAAGCAGAAGGAGCUGUCCACCAUGAAGGGCUGCUUACUAUGGGGAGACAGGGUGCUGAUCCCAAGCACUCUGCAACGGCGGACACUCGAAACAUUGCAUAAAGGGCACCCAGGCAUCGUCCGCAUGAAGGCCCUGGCACGGAGUUACGUCUGGUGGCCCGCACUGGACAAAGACAUUGAAGAAUGGGUCUCCAGAUGUGACCCGUGCCAGGAAGUUCGCCCAGCGCCGCCACAAGCCGAAACAGCGAAGUGGGAGACCCCCAGCAACCCCUGGUCGAGGAUACAUAUCGACUUCGCGGGCCCGAUGCAAGGGCGCCACCUCCUCAUCGUGGUAGAUGCCUUCUCCAAGUGGCUCGAGGUGGUACCCAUGGCAUCUACCACAACGGAAGCGACGAUCCGGGCCCUGCGCCGCCUUUUCGCCACCCAUGGCCUACCGGAUGUGCUGGCCUCCGACAACGGCCCCCAACUCACAUCCCUGGCCAUGGAGGCGUUCCUGGCAGGACUGGGCAUCCGCCAUGCCCUGUCCGCCCCGUACAGGCCAGCUGGAAACGGACAAGCGGAACGGAUGGUGAGGCUCACCAAGGAGGCACUCACCAAGAUGGGCACGGGCGACUGGCAGGAAAGAAUAGACAACUUCCUCCUCACCCAGCACAUCACGCCGCAUGCCACCACCCACAAGAGCCCGGCCGAACUGUUGAUGGGCAGAAGGUUGAGGUCACCAUUGGACCGGCUGCACCCACAAUACAGCCCAGAAGUGACCGCAACGGCCAGCCGCCCGCUUCGCGCCUUCAGCAAAGGAGAUUCGAUUUUCGCGCUGAAUUUCCACGGCUCUCCUAAGUGGCUGAAGGGGAAGAUAGACAGCACAACCGGCCCAAGAUCCUACACCGUGGAGCUGGAAGAUGGACAGGCACACUACCAGGCGCUGACACAGCGGCAGUCCAGAGUGGUAGACCGGGGUCAGCCGAAUGGAGGGUGGCAACACCAACCCAGCGAGGUGGGCACCCGGCACGACAGGGCGAGAGACCGCCAUCACAGCACACGAGUAGACCGGGACCUGCCCAGAGGGGAAGCACCACACCCCGCCAGCGAAGGCAACCCACGUCAGCCCUGCCAGGGAGACCUCCACUCCAGGCGAGUAGACCGGGGACCAUCGGAGAUGGGCACACCGCAGCCCAUGGGCAAGGGUGGCACACGACUCCCCGGCGAGAGGGAUCCCCGUCCAGCACAGAAGACAACCCGGCAACAACAACAACCCAGCCCAGAUGACCCCAGCCACCAACCUGCGGUAGCCCGCAACGACAGCCCGACCAGGGCGACCACUACCGACCUGACGGGGGAGGCCAACACCAGCCCGGCCAAGGAGACCUGUGCCACCCCUGCGAGGUCGGACACCACAACCCGAACCAACACCAUCCACAGCUGGCAGACCGGACCCGAGGGCACCGAUCCGAACCACCCACCAGGCAACAACGAGCCGAACCGCGACCGAACCGCAGCGCCCGGGAGACCGGGGAAGAGCAAGUGA